AUGGCGGGUGUUUGCGGCAAUUGCCAAAUACUUCGCCUGACUUCAACCCUAAAAGGAUGCUUUAACACCAAAUUCCUGCCUUUUAAACCAAAAUAUACCAUACCUGCUACCUUCGUCUCUACCUUCAGUUUUCUCGGAUAUCGACGUUCGUCUGAAAAUCGCCCUUCUGGAGGCUUCAUUUGGCAACACGGAAGACGUGUGCCGGAAGACAUCUGCACGUUUUGGAAGCUGAAAGGAUCAAGAUCUUAUAGAUCCACUUCUUUUCAUUUUCAACGAGAUGUAGAGGAACCAGUAAAGACAAAACCAGUGUCUGGGAUAAUUAAGACGAAACUGGAAAAGAUGAAAGAAAUGGUAUGUUAUACUCCACAACUGAAUAUUGCCUGGUGGUUAGUUGGAGGAAAGUGUGUAAGGUGAACGGGAGGCGGCAUGGGAAGGAAGGGUGAUGGGGAAGAUAAUGACUAUGCUAAAAAAAAUAAUAAUAAUAAAAACAAGUGUCUUUUGCCUCCUGUGCAGCCAUCAGGAAAUACAUGUAUUACCUCCUUUUUCAAGUUGCCUGACAUUUUGUUAUAGUUGUUUUGAUCAUGUUGUCUGAUUGUCUAAACCAGAGUUAUUACACUCAACUGAAAACAGUGCUUCACUUGACUCUGAUAAUGACUUUCAUAAGGCUGUUGAAACCUCAGUCACCACUAUCAACAACAGUCUUACUCAGGACUGCCCUCACCCAGAUGAUCAUACUACAUGAUCACAUCAUGGGCAUGAUUGUGCUUUCCAAUACCACAGCAAAAAGAUUUUUCAAGUUUUCUUUUGCACUAUGUUGUCAGUAUGCAAUAAAAAAUUAUUUGAUGGGAGUGUACAUGCAUGUAUUUAUUUAAUGAUAAUCAAAGUUGCAUUGCACCCAAAUUGAUAUAGAAUUUAUGCAGAGUUGAAUGACAUUUCAGUUUCUAGGCAGCAGCAGGCUACAUUUCUUCCCAUUAUUAUUAUUUUUUUUAAAGAAAGAAGAUAUUUAUACAGUGCCAAAUCUGCUGUCCACCUUCAGAAUACUGAUCACUCCAGUUCUUGGCUAUCUGAUAGUUACAGAGGAUUUUGUCAGCUCUUUACUUUUCUUUGGUGUCGCUGGUGUCACUGACAUGGUAUGAUAUGAGUGAACAAUGCUUUAGUCACGCUUUGUGUUUCUUUAAUAAAUUUUCAUGAACCCUUUACACCCUAGAAUCAGUAUGCAUUCUCCAUACUGCUCCUUAUACAUUUGCUAAGGUACAGGCAAGGAGAAUCUGUUUAGCACUAAGAGCUUCUUCAGUCGAUGAUCAUUUCCUUUUUUCUCAUGACCUUAAUGUGUGAUUCAGGGGUGAUAUUGUAUAGAGAAAUUAGAUUCUAGUCACUGUCAGGGGACAAAGGGUCCAGGAUGGAGUCCAAUUAAAAUAACUUGAACCAAGCACUCAUUGACCCUUUACACCCUAACAUCAGUAUGCAUAUUCUCCAUACUGUUCUCAGUAUAUUUUCUAAGGUGCUGACAAGAAGAAUCUGUUUAACAAUUAAGAGCUUAUAUAAUAAGUGAUCAUCUCAUUUAUUCUUGUCGCAUUUAUGGGUUAUACAGGGGUGAUAUUAUGAUGCUAGUCACUCUUCGGGGUUGUACAGUUAAAUAUAUACUACAUAACCUUCUUUCAGUUUGUAUCCCUGUGAGAUGACUCUCUAUUAGAAAGACAUGUAUUUGUGUAUGAUUGUAGUUACCCAUGGAAUUUUAACCUUAAAACAUCCUGAAAAUUCUUUUAACUUGAGACAGUACUUGUUACAAGAAAAAUAAUGAAAAGUAUUUAAGGUGAAUUAUGACCAUACAGCUUAUCCUUGUGUUCAUUUAGCUUGAUGGAUUCAUUGCAAGAAAUUUUAAAAACCAGAAAUCAGUGCUGGGCACAGUUUUAGAUCCAUUUGCUGACAAGAUUCUGAUGUCUGUACUGACCAUAUCUCUCACUGUUGUGUCUCUUCUACCAGGUAAAUUAUUUAGACUUGAGAAUAAAAAAAACUAAUUAAGUUUAUCAAGAGUUAACAACUAUCCACAGUAGUGGAGGUGGUUAGUGGUGGGUAUUAACCAAGCUGCACAGCAGAAAUAUCCACUGCUAUCCACCAACAGAGGUGAAUGGUUGAAUAGUUGUUUCUGUAAUUACCUAAACACAGAGAUAAUAUUUCCCAAAGACAUGAUUUGAACUCUUUUACAGUAUUCCUGCAACAACUACAAUUAUUUUGGGCAUAUAUACCCAUGUGAGUUGCUUGGAGAUGAAUAGUGCAAGAUAUUUGGAGUUUGAGUAGCCAAUUAGAGCAUGCCUUUAAUGCCUUCUAGUAUAUACUGAAACUGUUUUUAGAUAUCAUAAGUAACUGUAGGUUGUAAUUUCUUUUUUUACGAUUAAAAGAAUACGAGUGUGUCAGAUGGCUAGGGUUAGGUGUAGUUAAGCUAAGUUAUAAAAAGGUCCCUGAUGAUGACGAUGAUGAUGAUGAUAGUGAUAAUGAUGAUGAUUACAAAAAUCUCAAUGAUAACGAGAACUAGAGUACUGAUCAAGAUUAUGUUAAAAAUGACAACAUUGGCCAUGAAGGUCUGAGACCAAAGUUAAAUGUUUUAAUGCAGCGAUAUAAAAUACAGUGCUGUGCCUUGCUGUAACCCUUUUUUUAUCAAUGAAGGAACACUGCAUGGCAUAAAGAAAUGCAUGGCAGAAGGUGCAGCAAAUUGAAAUUUGCAAAUUUGGGUGAGCUUAUCAGCACUGCAAGGCUCAAACUGAUUUCAGAGUCCUCUUGAACUUCAUCUGAUACCCUUUUUUCUUUCUUUCUUGUUAGUUACCCUGACUGCAUUGAUUCUGAGUCGAGAUGCCCUUUUGAUUGGCUAUGCCUUUUACUUGAGAUACAAGUCACUUCCAUCACCGGUAGGUUUUACCUCACUCAAUCUUUUUAGUAUUUCACAACAAACAAAUGCUUGCGAUGCAGUAUUUAAAUGUGUUCAUUUGUCUUAUUUUUUUGUUAAAACAAUUUUGUGUUGAUAUCUUUAGAAAACAAUUUCCAGGUACUUUGAUUUUAACUUACCAACAGUGGAGCUUAGACCCAACUUUCUUGGCAAGGUCAGUCAACUCCUCAGAUCUGAUUUUUAUCUCUCUCUGUCAACUGCUCUACACUUCCUUAAGAUUUGGUGGAGAGAAUUUAGUUUUUUAUCAAGACCAAAGUUAGCGCAUACAUGCAUCAGUUACUGACCAAGGUUAUAUAUAGUUUACUUUCAAAACUUUAAGAAUGUGCAAAUUUCUAAACUUGAUAAACUCUUGUAAAAUAUUAAGUUUCUUUUGUAGCCAAAAUCUAGAAUCAGAAUUAAAAGUUAGUGAAGACAGAUGUAAUUAAAUUUGAUGGAAAUCACUUGUUGGUGAGAUUUGCCCACAGUUUAAGAUAUCAUACACUUAAAUAUGAGCUAAACUGCACAACCCUUAGCCUACACCCCCCCCCUCUCCUUAUCCUUCCUUAACCCAUAGAACAAUUUCUACCCUCUGCUGCAGUAAAAUCAAAGAUGGCAACAUAAUUUUCAUCAAGAAAUAUUGAGCACUUGCUUGCUUAAAUUAAGCCUGUUCUGAAAGCUAACACUAUCUACCACUUAGUGCCAAGAUUAAGUUAUUUAAUACAAUUUGAUUUGCAAAAAUGUGUUUAAAAAAAGGCCAACAUUGGCAUUUUUUAAUCUGGUGGUUCCAGUUGUUUGAUAACCAAUCAUGACAAAUUUGUAUCAUAAUGCAAGAGCCUCUGUUUAUAAAUGAACGUUCCUUCAUUGUUUUAGGCCAACACAGUUUUACAGCUGGCUCUUGUUGGCUGUUCACUGGCUGCUCCUGUUUUUGGAUUUGUGGAUCAUCCUCAUUUGCAAUAUCUUUGGUGGGUAACAAAUUUCAUAUUUUUCAUCACUGGCUGUUUUUCUUCAGGUGAAAAAAAAAAACACAAACAAUGGAAAAAAAGAUACUUUUUUGAAUGAAGCUGAUAGAGGAAGAACAGUUAUUCCUGUAAAAGAUUUUGAUCAGUUUUGUCCAAACUGUAGUCUCAGAGAUUCUUUGCUCCUCACUACUCAUUGUUAGACUAUUUCACACACAUCAACCUUUCUACCCUAACAUCAGUGUGCAUAUUCUCCACACUGUUCUCUAUACAUUUCCUUAGGUGCUGACAAGGAGAAUUUGUUUAACAAUCAAGAACUUCUUUAGCUGUUGAUCAUUUUCUUUAUUCUUGUGACCUUAAUGUGUGAUACAGGGGUGAUAUUGUAAGGAGAAAUUAGAUGCUAGUCACCCUCAAAGGUUAAAGGGUUAAACUUUUCUACUCUAACAUCCAUAUAAUAUUCUCCCUACUCUCCUCAGUAAAAUUCCCAAGGUACUGAUAAGGAGAGUUUGCUUAACAGUGUAGAGCCUCUCUAGUGCAUUGUUGAUUCAGGGGUCAUCCUGUAAGGAGAAAUUAGACACCAGUCACUCUCAGGGUGUAAAAUUUGGCAGCAAAUGGCUAUACCCAUUGUAGGGAAAAUUAAAAAUUUUCUCUUAUACGUAUCAUAAACAUACAGAACAUACAUGCACAUGUGCAUACAUUAGUGCUCCAAGUUGCCACAUCAAUUGAGUUAACUCCCAGACGUGAUUAACAUAAAACUUCUCCCUACAAUAUCCAUACAUUCUUCAGCAAGCAGGUAAUGAGAAUAUUCAAACUUAUCAGGUAGAAGCUGCUAUCUUGAUCUAGCACCAAUUUCUCAUAACUAAUUUACAAGGAAAUGUGUUGCAGCUACAGGGGAGAAUUAACAAUCAGAUCUUGGGAAUUAAUGGGUUAAUGAAAUUAAUCCUAAGCACAAAGCUGCCCCAUGUAGGAACAUUCUCCCUAGUUCCUCAAGAAACUUUACCAGGGAAAACAAGAAAUUUUUGAAAACCGUAACUUUUUGUUAGGGUGUAAUGGGUUCAGCUGAAAAACUAUUAAACAAGUUAUAAAUUAUUUGUUUUGUUUUGUUUUUUUUCAUCGUAUUAUGUAAUUUUUUUUUCAGGUAUACAGUGGCUUGUUCAACUGUCAUGUCUAGUAUUAGUUAUCUUAUCAACUUUAGAGGAUCUGUAAAAUAUCUUUAAUCAAUUAAUUGAACGAUUGCAGCUUUGGAAAAAAAGAUGAAAUAAAAAAGAGAAAAUAAUUUUAAAGAAUGCGUAGUGUUUGUUGUGAGAUGUGCCCUUUGGAUUCAACUUUUUAAAAAAAUACAAAACAAGAAAAAAGGUUAAGUAAAACCAACCAAAUAUAAGUCAACAAACAAAACGUAACAAGAAGCGAAAAACAAACAAAUACUCACUGAAAUAGAACAGAAAAAAAGGAUUACCGUCAUCCUUCAAGAGAGAUCUUUCGAACCUUAAACGCUAGGAGUUUAAAUAAAAGCCAGUUAUUGGCUGUCUACCGCCGCCUGUAAGACUUCUCACUGCCAUCUGUUUCGAUGGCAAGCAAGCUCUCGGAUUUGGGUUUUUCCGCACGGCUCAAUCGCCUAUUACGCCAUCUGGAGCCGCGCACCCUAUCUUAUGUGGACAGACCUAAUUACUCCACUUUACAAGAUACUAUUUUUUACAAUUCCAUUCGACUUUUUGGUAGGAUGCAUCUAAGUUAGCCUUCCUUAGCUUGACAAAUUGCAGGGGACGGUCGACAGUCAAAAAUAAGGAGAGGGCUGGGGUGGGAGAAGUCUUCUCGCCCUUUCCCCACCCUACCCCCACCGUCCACUCUAACUCUAAAUCAAACAUGACCGGCCUGAGAAACGUUAGCUCGCCCUAAUAAGACGUCGGCAACUGCACUGCAGGUUACUCAGAAAUGAUCUUGUCUAGAUUUUGGCUUUUUUUAGAUACCAAAACACUUAACAGUGCUUCCACACUUAUACCCAUUGAGAAUAAUCGCACCGUGCUUCAAUGAAUGAUAUCGAUACAGGUAAACGCUCGACUCUGAUGAGUCAUGAUGACCUCCGCAUAGGUUGUCGAAUCGUUGGUCACCUUUACCAACAACAAGAAGUCCUCGGGACUAGUCACGAUCGAACAUGAUUCAAUUGCUUUUACUUAACCGGUGCAGCUGACUGUUUUGUUAAAGGUUUGUUGGGCAGAGUCACAAAGGGAAUCAGCUGUACUUCUCGUUUUCUCAUGUCCAACUCUUUUAUUACUUUCAUCGAGCGCACGAAAAGCUACCUCCCUCCCUUAAUCGUUUCUUUUUUUUCUAACAAGCAUCUAAAUUCUCCCAACAAUAUCAGCCCUGAAUAAAACAUUAACGUCAUGAGAAUACAAGAAAUGAUCACAAACUCUUCAAGCUUCGGAUUGUUAAGUAAGGUCUCCUUGUCAGCAUCAUAGAAAAUGUAUAAAUAACAGUAAGGAGUACUUGCGUACUGAUGUUGGGACGUAAAGAGUAACAACCAACCCAUUGUGAUAGAGGUGCGUUGCGCCUACACACGAAUCAUCAAGCUGUAGGCCUAGACAGCUCGAGUAAGCUGAUCAAAAGAUACUUGAAAAUUCUUUAAUUUGACACAAAUUUAUCAUUUGUAGCCUGGAACAAGAAGAUAAUCGACACAUCUCUUCAGACUAUUUGCAAUGGAAAACAGCAAUGAAGCGAUAAAUUUCAAUUGUUCUUGAUAUCCCUUUGUGGUUUUCACCAAUCGAAAUUCCAUACGUAGGCUCGGUUUGACGGAAAAUAAAGUUAAGAAUAGACGCAGGCAUUAACAAAGUAAUUAGCUGAAUUAGCAUACGUAAAUUGUCUAAGCGAAUGGUGACAAUUUGUGGCAAGCCUGGUAAUUUACAGAAUAUUACGGCACACAGACAUCAAAAAUAAGGAUGGCACCCCUGAGUAUGCGGUGUAUUUUCAUUGUUGCUCUCUUCGGCGGAUCUUUCGCACGUGCCGAUGAAGAGGCGAAAUCGGUUCUACACGAUUCCAAAGUCACGCACGAUCGAGAGUAAGUAACUUUACAUCAAAAAGUACCUAACUAAACAGUUGAAAUCCUAAUGUGCGCUUUGAAGAUCACUAUGGUUUUCAGUACCAAGCGAAUGCCACCUAAAAUAUUUAUUAAUAAUAUUUAGACAAAAUAGAAAUAUAUCCAUUUGAAUCAGGACUUGGUGCUGCAAUAUUGAAAGUGUGAAAUCGUACCGCUUGACUGUGUGUGAAGGUCGAUGUAAAUGGUCCAAUUAUUCAUAUAUUUUAACUUGUUUACCGCUCUGUUGCUAUCUCAAACAUAUAAUUUCAUCACAUUUUGGGAGGUAUAAUUUAAUACGACCCACACUUGCAUGCUGCUGGUUUUUUUUCGAAAAAGCCAGUAAAUUUUUCUGUGUGAAAAGUAUGCACACCAGUUUUUUUCGUCUGUGUUUGUAUAGGUAAACAUGAUUUCAAAUGGUUAAAUUUGCAGCAUUCAAAUUGCACCUGCUUCGUAAUGUGAUAAUCCAUGCGAACGCGAAACGAGGCAUGCGUGAAGUGUGAAAAACCAGGCCAGUCGAGUGUGACUGAAGAGUAACUCUACUGACUACCUACUUAUUCGGCCUGAGAAAAAACAAAACAGCGCAACGUGACAAACGGUGGCCAGCGCAAAACCCUGGCAAACUAAGCCAGCCCGGCUCAUAGAAAUUCUUUACCGGGAAGGUGGCCAAUUUAUAUUAACAACUCACUUGAGGAUAGUCUCCACUUAUGCCGCUUUUUUGCGGCUCUGCAGAUCGGAAAUCCUUCUUUUUCACACCAAAGAGGAUAUAAAGGCGUCACGGGCUGAUCUGUUGUUACUCACAACUUUUAAGUUAAAAAUGUCUUUUUUAAGUGUUGUUGACCUUGUUUCUGCAAGAACUUUUAAAGGUUUAUUUUACCUUAGUUUGUCAUCCUCAAGUAAUUUGCCAGAAAAGUCAGCUUUUCACAGGAAUUUGCUUUAAUUUUAGUCAUAUCAAGGAGCAUCUAAAAGAGGAAAUUGAGUUCAAAGAAGAAGAAAUGAGUGAUGAAGACCUACAGUUCCACUACUUCCGACUUCAUGAUUACGACGGGAACAGAAAACUGGACGGACUGGAGAUCAUGCAUGCCAUCAGCCAUUAUCAGAACGAGUCGGGAGUAACAGACAAGGAGGAAACUUCGGAAGAAGCUAAUUCGAGAACCGUGGACCAGAUUUUGGACGAGGAUGACUUAAAUUCAGACGGAUAUAUUGACUAUCCCGAAUAUAUCGCAUCGCACAAAACCUCGACCAAAGAUUCAGAAGGGCACGCAAACUAA